AUGGCACCUACCAUGUCUAACCCGAAACCGUCGAAGACGAGUGCAACCUGCGAGGCUCGCCCCGGCCUGAUCCAAUCGACCCAUCUGGCACCUCUCAACGAGGGCUUGAUGGCCGAGGACCACCCCGCCAUGCGAGCACCAGCACGCAAGCCGCACGCCUCGAUGGAGAAGCGCCGCAACUCGUGUGAGGCCCGCCCCGGUCUCAUCGAGAGCACGCAUAUCGCCCCCUUGAACGAGGGCCUCAUGGCGGAAGACCACGAGGCGAUGGGCAUGACUGGCAAGUCGCUCGGCCAGAUGCGCGACGACAUGGCCGGCAUGAAGGACAUGCACCAGGGACACCCCCUCGGACACGGCGACACCGAGGCCGUCAAGGAGUCGUUCAUGCGCCAUAGCCUCCGUUAG